AUGGUCACAGUGCACUGCACUGAAUGAGAAGAAGUUCAAAUAUUAAGCAUGAUGCUACCACAUAACCUGCCCCAACACUACCAAGAAAAUGAGGGACCUGAAGUCCCAAGAACCUUCCAUUCGAAUGUAGUACUAACUCCAUUUCAAAUUUCUGCUUGGGCAACUGUCUCAAAAGACAGACAUAAAGAGUUCGGGGAAUUCCUUAAUUGCUGCAAGCUUCCCUGAGGAGCAGACAGGAAGCAUGGAGGAAUUGCUCUACGUGUACUGCCAGAAGACAACCAAGCAAAGGAAAAGGACCCAUGUACCUUUGUUACAGACAACAGGCAAGCAACAGAGCUACGAGACCUUCCUAAUGAACAAUACAAUGCCACUCAGCUGGAAAAAAAAAGUGAUGUGUGUAUGAAUGAUGACCUGCUUCCCAAACCACCAGACACUUUGGCUAGACCACUGUGCCUACCAUUUUCCCCCUCUCAGCUCUACCCUACACACAGGUACACUGUGUUCCCAAACUUCAGAUCACCUGAGGGGAGAGACACUGGGAUCAAUGCAAGCAGUCAUCAACCUUUCCAUCCCAGUAUCUCUAGCAAGGCUUUUAACCUGGUUGCUCUGAGGAAGACCAGAGAAAAGGGUGAAAUAUUUUAUCCAAAUCCACCCAAGAUAGGCCCCAACCCCACUUUUAAAGAGCUCAAUUAUAACUUGUCUCCAAGAAUAACCAAUAUGCUACAAAACACUGAAAGGGCUCUGGAGAUCACAACAUACAGUCAGGUCUUCACAGUUCCAAUAUAUCCCCUUAUCCUGGAUAACUGUUAUGUAACAGCAGUUUGCAGAUUGACUGGAGAACUAGGUGAAGACAAGGAACUAAUAAAAAGAAACAUUUAUGUUGGUUUAUCACAAGUGAGACCUCCUGAAGGGUGCACUGCAUGCUUCCUUCAAGGUGAACAUCCCCAUGUAUCAAUUCUGCAAGAACAGUAUUCCUUCAGUGUUCAGAUGCCUUCACCUGUACUCAGCAUUCCCACUGUUUUGCUAAGCCACAGUGAAGCAUUGCAGAGGCAGCAGCUUUCAGGAAGGCCCAAAUUUGAAUCCCUUCCAAAAUCUGCAUGUCUGCCUGCAUGGAGACCAGAGGAUGGGCCAAGAGAGAUAACACUGCCUGAAUGGAUCCCUAGCUGUGAAGCUCCUCAGCACCAGACAGUACUGCUGGAGCUGCAACAUUCCUUUUCUAAGACAGCAGCACAGAAACAUUUACAUGAUCCUGUAAAAGGAGAGAGAAAAACUCUCACAGAUAACACUACUGAGAGAAAGAGACACAAGUCCUGUGGUUUCAAUGCUUUUUAUUUCUUUAACUGA